AUGGUUGCUCUUCUUGUUCUUGUUUUUUUGGCGGCAGUGUCGUCGAUGAACCAGUCGGACUGUCCCGAGGUCAGGAUCCCGUUCCCGGUCUUCUUCGCCGUCGGAGCGCUGAGUCUGGCCGAGAACCUCCUGGUGGUGGCGGCCGUGAUCUGGAACCGGAACCUCCACUCGCCCAUGUACUGCUUCAUCUGCAGCCUGGCCGCCUUCAACACCGUGGCCAGCCUGGCCAAGACCUGCGAGAACCUGACGAUGGCGCUGGCCGACGCGGGGCAGCUGAGGAUGGCGGGCUCCUCCGAGACCAAGAUGGACGACGUGGUGGACUCCCUGCUGUGCAUGUCCUUCGUGGGCUCCAUCUCCAGCAUCCUGGCCAUCGCCGUGGACCGCUACAUCACCAUCUUCCACGCGCUGCGGUACCACAACAUCAUGACGAUGCGGCGCACGGGCGCCGUCCUGGCGGUCAUCUGGACGGCCUGCGGCGUGCUGGCCGUGCCCAUGGUGGCGUUCUUCCGCUUCAACUUCAUCAAGAUCGUCCUUGUGGUCUUCUUCUUCGCCUCCCUGGCGAUCAUCUGCUUCCUGUACGUGUACAUGUUCAUGCUGGCGCUCAUCCACGCCAGGAGGAUCGCGGCGCUCCCCGCCGGCGGCGGGCGGAAGUACCAUCGGCAGGGGAGGCGGGGCGGGAACAUGCGCGGCGCCCUGACGCUCACCAUCCUGUUUGCGGCGUUCCUGGUGUGCUGGGCGCCGUUCUUCCUCCACCUCAUCAUCCUCAUGCUGUGCCCCACCGACCCAUACUGCGAGUGCUACCGCUCGCUGUUCGAGCUGCACGUGCUGCUGAUGAUGAGCCACGCCCUCGUCGACCCCGCCAUCUACGCCUUCCGGAGCGCCGAGCUCCGCCACACCUUCAGGAAGAUGUUCUGCUCCUAG